GAUUGACGCGUGAGUGUGGGCGGGACCGAAAAGCAACGGAGAAGCCAGGGAUUGGAUUAAGUAGGAACUGGUGGGUUGGGCUGGUAGCUGGGGGUGAUUGUGUGUUGGUGGUGUGGAUACAGCGACUGAGAAACACAAGUGACAAGAAGGAGAGCUGGAGUGCUGUAGGUGGGCUGCUCUGAUAAAAAAUGGCCUCUGUUCUGCGUAAACCAGGGUUGGGUGCAACUCAGCGUAGGAGAACAGGAGCAAAACCUGACCUGACAGAAGAACAAAAAAAGGAAAUCCGUGAAGCAUUCGAUUUGUUUGAUACUGAUGGAACUGGGACAAUUGAUGUCAAGGAACUAAAGGUGGCUAUGCGGGCUUUGGGAUUUGAGCCAAAAAAAGAGGAAAUGAAAAAAAUUAUAUCUGACAUUGACAAAGAUGGUUCUGGAAUUAUUGACUUUGAGGACUUUCUGUCUCUCAUGACUCAAAAAAUGAGUGAAAAAGACUCAAAAGAGGAAAUUAUGAAGGCUUUUCGUCUAUUUGAUGAUGACAAUACUGGCAAAAUCUCUUUCAAAAAUCUGAAAAGGGUAGCCAAGGAAUUGGGAGAAAACCUUACAGAUGAAGAGCUACAGGAAAUGAUUGAUGAAGCCGAUCGCGAUGGAGAUGGUGAAAUCAAUGAACAAGAGUUUCUUAGAAUUAUGAGAAAGACAAGCCUUUGCUAAAUGACAACAUGAACAUAUUAGACUUUAUGGCUUUUUUUUGUUAAACUUUGUUUUUUUUCUUGUUUUUUUUUACCUCAGAUUAAUUCUACAUUCAAAAUGUUUAUAUUUUCCUGUGUUAUUUAAUUUCAUAAAAAAAUGCCUUAAAACAUCUAUAUCAUCUGUGUGAAACCGUGCUGAUGAAUGUGUUUGAGGGACUGUUUCCCUUGUGCAACCAAUUAUAUGAUUCGUGGUUACUGUGGUGAAAUACAGUUUGAUAUGCCAGAAGUUUUGUGACUUUGGCAAAGGGAAUGAGCAGGAUGUUUAUUUAUUAAAUGAGAAUUUGUGAGGAAUGAGGGUAUGCCUAGUGCCUACCAAGAGAGUUACAACAUUCUUAACCAGCAGCGAACACAUUUAGCCACUGAUAAAAAUAUUUUGAGUUGUCAGUGUGGUAGGAAUGCAUUGGAAUGUUUUACAAAGGUUCAGUGGUUUGUUUAUAAAUCGUUUUCUUUUGUUUAGGCAUGAGAGGAGUAUCUCCAAUGUAACACAGGUACAACAUUGUUCCUAAAACUUUAGAAUGCCUUACUUAAGUUGUAAAGAAACAAAUGUGCUCCCAUAGAAGCAAUGUUUUAGUUCAAUCAAAAACCAUCUUGCAUCAACACACAUGUAGCCACAGUCUUAAAGGAGAAGUAAAUACUUUUUACUUGGGUUUGUCAAAACUUAUGCACCCUAAAGUGAUUGCAUUUACUUACCUGACACUCUGGGCCGGUGUUCCUAUCAGCAGAAAACUGCACCAACCCGGGGAUUCUUCCAGUGAGCACCAUGGAUCGAUCGUCUUCCUUCUUCUAAUGGCCUUAAAGGGUUGGUUCACCUUUAAGUUAACUUAUAGUAUGUUAUAGAAUGAACAAAUCUAAACAACUUUUUAAUUGGCCUUAAUUUUUUAUUUUGUAGUUUUUAAAAUUGUCUUCUGGCUCUUUCCAGCUUUCAAAUGGGGGUCAUUGACCCCAUCUAAAAAAAAAAACAAAUGCUCUGUAAGGCAAUAUUGUUAUUGCUACUUUUUUAUUAUUCAGACACUCUUCUAUUCAUAUCCCAGUCUCUUAUUCCAACAACUAUAGGGUUGCUAGGGAAAUUUGGACCCUAGCAACAUGAUUGUUGAAAUUACAAACAGGACAAUUGUUGAAUGGAACGCUAAAUAACUUAAAAACCACAAAUAAAAAAAAAUUGCCUCAGGAAAUUGAACUCUAUAUCAUGCUAAAAGUUAUUUUAAAAGUGAACAACCCCUUAAGGGCAGAGACAAAUGAAAAGAUUUGAGGAAGAUUUAGUUGCCUGGUGAACAAUCACCUCUUCUUCGGACGACUAAUCUCCCCAAAUAGCCUUCCUGCUGGCUAAAUUGCCGGCAGGAUGGCACUCGGAGCACUUUGUUUUCCGAAGUCGCCCAAAGUUCCCUCGUGAGGCGACUUCGGAAAACAAAACGCUCUGAAAGAGGUGAUUUGUCGCCGGGCGACUAAAUCUCCCUGACUGUUAACGUGCGCCCUUAUCCUUAAAAAGAACAUAAAAUGGUGAUUUACCUUUAGUACUUCUGUAUGAUCUCUUUGUUUAGGUUCUUUGUAUGGCUUUGAGGCCACAUUUUUGUUUUGUUUGACCUUAUCCUUACCUUGACCUUAUCUGUAAAGAUUUGUUGUAUUGGGGAAUCUUGUGUCACUAUAAACUGCAUUUGGAACUUAAUUCCAUUACAUAAAUUAGGGAUGCGCCGAAUCCAGGAUUCGGUUCGGGAUUCUGCCUUUUUCAGCAGGAUUCAGAUUCGGCCUAAUCCUUGUGCCUGGCCAAUCCGAAUCCUAAUUUGCAUAUGUAAAUUAGAGGCGGGUAGGAAAAUCACAUGACUUUUCAUCACAAAAGAAUGGUUUUUUCCACUUUUUCCUUUCCUACCCCUAAAUUACAAAUGCAAAUUUGGGUUCGGAUUCAGUUUGGUAUUCGGCCGAAUCUUUCAUGAAGGAUUCGGGGAUUCGGCCGAAUCCCAAAUAGUGGAUUUGGUGCAUCCCUAGUGAUGGGCGAAUUUGCGCCAUUUCGCUUCGCCGAAAAAUUCGCAAAACGGCGCGAAUUUUUGCGGGCGUUUUGCAAAUUUAUUCGCUGGCGGCGAAUCGCGCAAAUUUGCUGUGAAUUCGCGCCUGGCGAAUAAAUUCACCCAUCACUAAUCCCUAACAUAAAUGAGGCCUGCAGAAGCAUACCAAAUACUAUGAUUUAUGAAUGUAAACGCUAAAUUGCACUUGUAAACUUGCCAGUAGCAUCCAGUCAGCAAUUGACUUUGAACAAGUAGGAAAAUAAAAGUGAAGACCAGAUUGAUUGCUGUUUUCAACUUCUAUUUGGUUGAUCUUUGUCUUCAGACAAAUCCAAACCUAUACUUGAAAAUAAUACAUCAAGCAGCUUUGUUAAAACUAAACGCAAACACUGUUGUACUGUAUGUUACUCAACAGACCAUUUUUUCCACAAGAAAACCUAAAAUAAUGGGAGCAUAUUACGUAUCUAUAAGUGUAUGUACAUGUUGGAUAUUAGCAUGAUAUAUAAAAACAAACAAUAUUAAUAUUAUGCCCUUUUUUUCUUUUAUGGAAAGUUGGUGUGUAGUCUACUGCUGUGCAAUCAAAAUGUUAUUUUCUAAAUUUGUAGGGUUUUUUUUGGAACACUUAAACAGUUAUUGUGUAACAGGGCAAAUGUUUGACCUGAUCUAGUAACCCCUAGAAUAAACUGGCUUUUGAGUUUCAUUUUGCAUGGAAACAUGUUUUCUUUUCAUUUGCAGGCCAAGCAUUUGGGUCUGCAGUAAACUAGUUGUUUACCCCUUGCUUAUGUAUAUUAGACCUUUGUUUCUGAUUCAAUCACAUUAAACAUUUGCCCAUAAUGUUACAGAAGAACCUAUAAAAUGGAGGGCAGACGAUUUUUUAAAGUUAUCAUAUUUGACAACCAUAAAACUCACCCCUUCCCUCAGGCAUCUGAGCUCCACUAGACCAAAAAAGCUUACUGUUUUUGCUUUGUGCAACUGUACCAAGACAAAUGUGUCCUUGUUUAUUUGUUGUUUAUUAUUUUGAUUUCUGAUUGCUGUGUUCCCAAAGCGGUUUACAGCAACUGUUGCAAUUACUAAUGUUUUACCUUAUUAAUGUUGGAGUGAAUAUGUUUAUUGUUAGUUUAAGGAUAAUAAAACAAUUUUUUAUAUGUAUUA